GGGAGAGGUUCCUUUUCCCUCUCGAAAUAGGGAAAAGAGACAGAGCUGGGAUGACCUAUGGGGUAGUCGGCGCGCUGAAAGGCUGGUCUGGGCUCGGACGGGGUUCAAGUGGGAAAGGUUGAUGAUAAAGGUACAGAGUUGGACUUACAGAUCCGUUUGGGCGCAGAGAGGUGAACGCUGAAGAGAAACCAGAGUUUGUUUUUGUUUUCCAAGGAGCGUGGAGAUGAGCAGGGUUAACGGACUGUGCGCCUCCUUAGGCUUCUUAGGUUGGGUCGAAACUCACCUCUUUUGGUCCUGUUCGUCUCUGAUUGAAGACGUUUGGGUUUGGUACCAGACAGGGCUCGGUGCGGAAAGCCGACCCUAUUCCUCGGCUUCCAGGUCGGUUUGGCCUCGCUUUUGACAGUUCACGUGCCGAGCCUACUAGCUCUCGGAGGGCAAGCUCAGAUGGGUGGGUGUGAGGCCCCCUCUUCUAACAGCUGUUUCCCUGGUUUCUCCAUUUUGCACACAGGAAUGUGAAUUAAGUUUAAUUGCAUACCUUUUGCGAUUCCCAGGGCCAGCUUGAUACGUUCAUUGUGCUGUAACUGGGUUCAUGCUGGGCUAAUAAUUCACAUUAAGGAUUCUGGAGUAUAAGUGGCUCAUAAAAGUAUGAAAAGGGGAUGUUAGGAGAAAGAUGUUGGGGGUGAAGUAGAGUUGAAGAUAAAACUGGAAAGCUUGGUUGGUUUCACAGUACGAGUUUAGGUCAUAGUACUGCCUUUAGGUUAUAUUGGGCUGUUUGGACUGACUUUGCUGUAAUCAGGCUGGAGUAAAUAGAGAAUUUUAAGCUGAUCAUUGACAGGCUCAGACUUAUCUUAUAGGGGCACCAUUUUGACAGUAAGAUGGAAGGGAAAGAGGUGGGGAUCUGAGACCUUUCCAAACAAUUGUCAACAGAGUUUUGUGUGACUUACUGUGUGAAGAGGGAAAUAAAGAAUAUGGAACAACUCAGACUUUAUAGUCUGUGUGUUUCAAAGGAUGGAGAUGCCCACAUUUAAGUGAGAUAUGGAAAGGAGGAGGAGAUUGCUUUUGAAUGGAGAAAGAGCGGUUACUUAGGGUCAGAUUAAGUUGUAAAAUCCACCCCAGCAUUUUGUAUGUAAGUCAAAGUGAAUUGUAUUUGAAAGAAGACCUGGUGAGCUCACCUCUGGUAUUUUUUUUUUUUUAUGUCCCCCAUAUGGACAAAUUUUCUUUUGGGGGAUUCUAUAUAUUCAGGAUUUCAACCACCAACCUAUCUGUUUUUCCCAUUGAAAUGUUGGGUGAUGGAAUUCAGAGAGCAGAUUUGGAAGCUUUUUAUCUUUUAUAAUUGAGAGAGACAAUGAGAAAACCGUUUGACUUGAAAAAGUUUUCUAAGUUCCCUCAGGUAGAUGGAAAUUUUCAUCAAAAACAGUUUAUUCAAGGUACAUAGCCUACUAGUUUCCCUUUUGAGAGUCCAGCAGAAUGCUGCAAGUUGUACUGCUUUUUCUCUAUGCAGAAUGAAGUAUAAAAUUAGUACCAAAUAGUAGGCUUAAUUUAAUUUGUCAGGUGCUAAGCCUUUUACGUGCUUUAUAUCAUCUAAUUCUUAGAAGAAACCAAUUUUACAGGUAAGUUUCUGGACCAAGAUCCGAAGGUACACAGCUUGCAAAGCAGGGACCAUGGAAGUUUGACUCCCACCUAGUUCCCUGCUGUUGUUAUUGUUGCUGUUGUUAUUGUUGUUUUUGAGAUGGAGUCUUGCUCUGUCACCCAGGAUGGAGUGCAAUGGCAUGAUCUUGGCUCACUGCAAUUUCCACCUUCUGGGUUCAAGCAAUUCUCCUGCCUUAGCCUCCCAAGUAGCUGGGAUUACAGGCGCCUGUCACCAUGCCCUCCUAAUUUUUUGCAUUUUUAGUAGAGGUAAGGUCUCAAACUCCUGACCAUGUGAUCUGCCUACUUCGGCCUUCCAAAGUGCUGGGAUUACAGAUGGUCAGACCUGUCCUCUAGCUCCCUUUUGUAAGUAAAUUAGAAAUAGAACCAGCCAAAGGUAGUAAGUUGAGCCUAAAAAGAAAGAAAAAAGCACCAGUAGUUCUCACCAGAAGGGGUGAUUUUUGCCUACCAGGGGACAUUUGGCAAGUCGGGAAACAUUUUUGGCUAUUGGAUCUAGGGAGUAAAGGUCAGUGAUGCUGCUAAGCAUCCUUCAGUGCAUAGGACAGCCUUCACAAAUAAUUAUUUGGUCAAAGCUAUCUGUCCUGCUGCAGUUGAGAAACCCUAUCUUAGGGUUAUUUCUUCAGGAACAGGAAAUUGAGAUUCACUGAUACUGACUUUUUCAAAAAAGCGAUUUUAUUUUUGAAAUUAUUCCUUGGCUUGAAAGGUUUGUGAAGUUUAUAUAGCUGAACCAAAAUAGAAUAAUUAGUUUUUAAAGUGAAUUGUGAGCCAUCGAUUCCUAGGAGAUAGUUGUCAUAGAAUCACGGAUUCUUGGAUUUGGGAAAGACUUAUGCCUAGAAUCAUCUUACAACCUUUCUGCUAAGUGGUAAUUCGCCUCUGCCCUAAAGGGUUCAUUGAAAAAAAUCCUUAGUGAUAUUGACAUGUUUCAAGUGACAUAAAUUAGCCAAUGACUCGGAAUGAUGGAUUCCUCGAAGAUUGGAAAUGGUUUGCCAGUGAUUGGACCAGGGGCUGAUAUAGGGGUAUCUUCACUCCACAUGGUGGGGUAUUUGGGAAAAAAUUACGAUUCAGCUGAAGUUCCAUCAGAUGGGUAUUGCCCUGCUUGUAGAAAGAAGGGAAAGUUAAAAGCCUUAAAGACUUAUCGAAUUAGUUUUCAAGAAUCUGUCUUUCUAUGUGAGGAUCUGCAGUGCAUUUAUCCUUUGGGCUUUAAAUCACUUAAUAACCUAAUUUCUCCUGAUUCGGAAGAAUGUCACACUCCACAUAAGCCUCAAAAAAGGAGGAACUUGGAAAGCGGUUAUAAAGAUUCACUUCUUUUAGCAAAUUCUAAAAAGACUAGAAAUUAUAUUGUUACUGAUACUGAACAAAUUUUGAACAGCAAAUGUAAUGGAGAAGUAUAUGAUGAAACCUCAUCAAACUUACCUGAUAGUAGUGGUCAACAGAGUCCAAUUAGGACAACUGAUUCCUUGGAGCCGAAUGAGAUUUUGGAAGCUGAUUCUGUUGACGUGGCUACUACAAAAGAUCCUGCUACAGGGGAUGUCUCUGGAACUGGCGGGCCUUCCCUUCAAAGCGAAGGAUGUACAUCUAAACUGGAAAUGCCACUGGAGAGGAAAUGUACAUCAUUUCCCCAGACUUUAUGUGUCCAGUGGAAAAAUGCUUAUGCUCUCUGUUGGUUAGACUGUAUCCUGUCAGCUUUGGUGCACUUGGAAGAGUUAAAGAGCACCGUGACUGGACUGUGUUCGAAGGAGGAAUCUGUGUUCUGGCGGUUGUUUACAAAAUAUAAUCAAGCAAAUAGACUUCUGUAUACCAGUCAAUUGAGUGGCAUUAAAGAUGGAGAUUGUAAAAAACUUACCUCAGAAAUAUUUGCAGAGAUAGAGACCUGUCUGAAUGAAGUCAGAGAUGAAAUUUUUAUUAGACUUCAGCCUCAGCUUAGAUGCACGUUAGGUGAUAUGGAAAGUCCUGUGUUUGCAUUUCCCCUGCUCUUAAAACUAGAACCCCAUGUUGAAAAGCUCUUCGUAUCUUCCUUUUCUUGGGACUUCAAAUGUUCACAGUGUGGACACCAAUAUCAAAACAGGUGUAUGAAGAGUCUGGUCACCUUUACAAAUGUCAUCCCUGAGUGGCACCCACUUAAUGCUGCCCAUUUUGGUCCAUGUAACAAUUGCAACAGUAAAUCACAAAUAAGAAAAAUGAUAUUGGAAAAAGUAUCUCCCAUAUUCAUGUUGCACUUUGUAGAAGGCUUACCACAGAAGGACUUGCAGCACUAUGCAUUUCACUUUGAAGGCUGUCUUUACCAAAUAACUUCUGUAAUUCAGUAUCAAGCAAAUAAUCAUUUUAUAACAUGGAUUUUAGAAGAUGAUGGAAGUUGGCUGGAAUGUGAUGAUUUAAAAGGCCCAUGUUCUGAAAGGCACAAGAAAUUUGAAGUGCCUGCUUCAGAGAUACAUAUUGUUAUUUGGGAAAGAAAAACAUCCCAAGUGACAGAUAAAGAAGCCGCCUGCCUUCCACUUAGAAAGACUAAUGACCAGCACGCUGUCGGUAAUGAGAAAUCAGUAUCUUCAAUGUCCUGUUCUGUGGGUGAUGCGGCCUCAGCUGAAACAGCCUCAGUAACUCACCCUAAAGUUACAUCAGUUGCCCAUCAUACUCUUUCACAGGACUCAGCUGUAACUCAUGGAGAUCACUUCCUUUCAGGUUCAAAAGGUUUGGUUGACAAUAUUUUACCUUUGAUACUUGAAGAAACUACCCAGAAAACAGCCUCAGUUUCACGGUUAAAUUCUGAAGCUUUCCUGUUAGAAAAUAAACUUGUAGCUGAAAAUACAGGAAUUCUCAAAAAAAGUACUUUGCAAUCACAAGAAUCACUAAUGGCUUCUUCAGUAUCAGCUCCAUUGAAAGAAAAGCUGAUCCAGGACCAAUUUGUGAGCAUAAGUUUUCCAUCUCAAGUUGUAAACACCAACAUGCAGCCAGUACAGCUGAAUACAGAAGGUGCUGUAAAUACUAAAUUUGCGAAUAACACUCAUGCUACUGGUCUUAUACAGGGAGUGAAGGCAGUAGAAACUGAGAGGGAUGCUCAGUUAAAACAAUUCCUUACACCAAAAACUGAGCAAUUAAAACCAGAACAUGUCACAUCUCAGGUAUCUAAUUUGAAGAGAAAAGAAACUACAGCAGAUUCUCUAACCACAUCUAGGUCACUACAGAAUCAGUCUCUGAAAGAAAAUCAGAAGAAGCCAUUUGUCGGCAGUUGGGUUAAAGGCUUAAUAAGCAGAGGUGCUUCUUUUAUGCCACUCUGUGUUUCAGCUCAUAAUAGAAACACGAUAAUUGAUUUACAACCUUCAGUUAAAGGGGUAAAUAAUUUUGGUGGCUUUAAAACUAAAGGUAUAAAUCAGAAGGCCAGCCAUGUAUCCAAGAAAGCUCGUAGGAGUGCGACUAAGCCUCCUCCCAUCAGUAAGCCACCACCAGUUCCUCCAUCAUCUAAUGGCACAGCUGCCCCCUUGCAUGCUCAUGCUGCUCCAGAAGUUUUGGAAAAGUCUGGAAGCACCUCAUAUAGCGCUCAACUCAGCCACAGUUCUCAUGGAAAUGGUAUUUCUUCAUCAAACCAUGAAGACUUGGUGGAAGGUCAGAUUCAUAAACUCCGUCUAAAACUUCGCAAAAAACUGAAGGCACAAAAGAAGAAAUUAGCUGCUCUAAUGUCUUCCCCACAAAGUGGAACAGAUCCAAGUGAAAAUCUAGAACAGGUGCCCCAGGGUGGGUCUCCAAAUGAUUGUGAAUCAAUAGAGGACUUGUUAAAUGAGCUACCAUAUGAAAUUGAUAUUGCCAAUGAGUCUGCAUGCACCACUGUUCCUGGUGUUUCCCUGUAUGGUAGUCAAACUCACGAAGAAAUUUUAGCAGAAUUGUUGUCUCCUGCAACUGCUGUUUCAGCAGAGCUGUCCGAAAAUGGGGAAGGUGACUUUAGGUAUUUGGGAAUGGGAGAUAGCAGUAUCCCAUCACCAGUACCAAGUGAAUUAAAUGAUGUUUCCCAGAGCACACAUCUGAGACAGGACCAUAAUUAUUGUAGCCCCACCAAGAAAAAUCCAUGUGAAGUUCAGCCAGAUUCUCUGACAAAUAAUGCCAGCGUUAAAACAUUCAACUUGGAGAGUCCCAUGAAGAAUGGUAUUUUCGAUGAGUUUUUUCCACCCUCAUCAUUAAAUGCUCUAGCAAGUGACCCACUAGAUCUACCUCAUUUUGAUGAAUAUCUGUUUGAGUAUUGAAUAAAUGCUUGUUAACUUUUUUCAUAUAAUAUUUAUUAUUAGAAGAACCUACUAUGUGUUCAGGUAGUGUUUAUACACUGGACUUGUGUAAUUACUUGUGUAAUAACCAUGAACAAAAUGGAAGGUUUUACCUUUGGUUCUGCCAUGAAGCAUGUAGUCUGUCACACAAAUUAAAAUCAUUGAAUGUGUU